AUGACUAAGACUUCAUUUGAAAGCACUUUACUGGACUUCAUUGCUUUAAAUAAUCUUACCCAACAUAAUACGGUCCUAAACCAUAAAGGCAAAAUUUUAGACCUCGUUCUCUCUAAUCUUAGUAUUCAGUUGAAAGUGACACGAAGUAACUCUGAGCUCAGUUCUGUAGAUGAUUAUCACCCACCGCUGGUAUUUACGCUGCCUUCCAGUACGACAACUUCAUUUAUUGAGUCAAAAAUCAACAGCACCAGGAAAUACAACACAAGGAAAGCAAACUGGAGCCAUUUCAACGUUGAACUCAAGAGGGCACUAGACAACAACGGCCUAACCAAAGAAAGAAUAGGAGUUAUUAGGACGACACAGGAGAUUGAUGAAUUCGUAAAAACAUAUACAGAAUGCAUAACAAAGGCAUGCGAUGAGACGAUUCCGAAAAUAGAACGAAAACAGUUACCAAAAGCCGCUAAAUGGUGGAACACCGAAAUUAAAGAAAAAAAGGAGAUCAUGAUCAGAUUACGAAGAAGAAUAAGGAAUGCACACCCUACAAGAAAGAAGUGGGUCAUAGAACAAUAUCUCCAAGCACGAAAACAAUAUAAGGAAAGUAUAGAAGACGCCACAACCAAAAGCUGGAAAGAACUAUGCACGAACGAGCAGAAAGAAAACGUGUGGCAACGCACAUAUCGGAUAUUGAAGGUCUGUUCUAAUGUGGAGGGAGACAAACUGCUCAAAGACCAAAAUGGGACAAUCCUUUCAGAAAAAGGGUCAGCAACACUUCUAGCUGAAACCUUUUACCCCAAAGAUAAUCCAAACACCGAUACUAAGGAACAGGAUGACAUAAGAACAAAAACAAAUGAACUUAUAGCACAACUCGAAAACAAAGCAUUAGAAGUUAAGACACCAUUCGCUAGAACUGAAAUAGAUCUAAUACUAAGCAACAUGAGCCCUAAAAAAGCCCCGG